AUGCCAUCAUAUGGCAAGGACGUUGAGGAUGAGCUCACUCUAUGGCUCAACCAGCGAUACUACUCCGACCCGCUUCCGUCUGGUCAUCCAGUGGCGAUCCGGCCGGAGUGGAGGUCGGCUAUCCAGAGUCUCACUCCAAGUUCGAAUGUAUUACGUGACGUCCAAGGCAUGGCACUAGCCAAAGAUGAGCUCCUCAUCAGAAGAUACUCCCCUCUACUCGAGAACCCCUCUGUCAAGCCGUUACUCGUCUCUGGGAGCUCCAUCGACCCCUUCCUCAGCUUUGUAUAUGUAGCCAUGACAAGAUCUGCUAGCGAGAAUGCUGUCAUCGAAGGUCGGGUUGCGAAUUUCAUUGUAGCUGCAUUGAGAAUAGUUGGCAUUUUAUGGGCCGCUGGUGUGAACUGUGUCGAUGCUUGGUUCCCUCCAGAGUCCCGCCAUCGUAUCAGAGACGACUUCAUAGCAUCAGGAAGGCUUCCUUUCGGGGAGGGCGAGGAUCUGGUCAAGCGAGAGCUCGAGAGUACUGAGCGUGCGGCUGAGCUCGAGAAGAUGUACCGAGAACAACAGAAGGAGCAAAACAAACACGAACAGCGCAGAAUAGAGUUCCCAUAG